AUGCGCCCCAGAUCUAUAUAUCAACGUAUGAUCGACAACGCGCUAUAUGGAUUCACCCGGAUCCCGAAGUCUGAAGAUCACGGAGGUGCUUUGGAUGUGUUUGAAGAUGGGGAACCCGUGGAUCCAGGCAAGCCAUCGGUGCUUGGGCGUAGAUCAUAUAUCGACGACAUCCGGAUCCCAGCCAAAAACUGGGAUCAACUAUGUGAUCGAGUCGAAGGCUUUCUCGAGGCGUGCGAUAAGUGGAAUCUGUCGAUCAGUGUGGUCAAGAGUUUCUGGGGAAUGCCUAAGGUGGAACAUCUCGGCCAUAAGGUCUCUUACAAUGGACUGGAGGCGAAUCCGAAGGAUCUGUCGGCACUGACAGCUCUAGCAUUUCCAGGAUUACUCAGAGCUAUGCAGUCAUUUUUGGGAAGUCUGAACUAUUACAGUCGGUUCAUCGAGGACUAUGCGAUUUAUGCGUCGACCUUGGAUCUGGAGGCGCAAGAUCUUACCGAAGUGGAUCCGCGUUGGAUCCACGCCUACCGGUCCUUCAGUGUGCUCAAGGCCAAGAUCGCUACUACACCGAUCUUACGGCACUUUGAUCCAGAUCGAAGUGCUACGAUUGUAGUGUAUGCCAGCGACUGGGCUGUUUCAGGAUCAUUGAUGCAGGAGUAUGACAAGAUCUACUACCCCGUGAUGUUUGCUAGCCAGAAGGAGGUACUAGCCCUUCUAAGGAUCCUGGAUCUUAACUACAAUGCGUUGGUCGGGCGUCCGAUCCAUGUGUUGCCCCGACACUCGACAUUGGCGUGGCUCUUCAGAUCCACAGCCCUACAAGGACGUCUAGGACAGUGGGUUGCUCUGUUGUCGCCCUGGACACUUGAGACCACCAAGUGUGUCAAAGGAGAGGACGAGAUCUUAGGAGCACUGGCGGCCAGUAUUACCCCUAGAUCCGAAGUGGAUAAAGCAUUGAUCUCCAUUGCCUCUAAAAAGAAGCCAAGACGCAAGAUCCAAGCUCCGAUCCCCACUAUUAAACGAGAUGAGGAGCUAUACGUCGUCAGUUUUGAUGGAUCGGCCCGUGUCAAGAGAGGUGGAGGCGCCUACAGCGCGAUCCUGUGGAAGCUGCCCGAAUGGAGAGUGCUGAAGGCUAGAUCAGGGUACGCCGAAGGCUUGACGGUGAAUGAGGGGUUGUUGCUAUGUUUGGAUCUGUUAGAAGAUCUGGAUCCACGACGUCUGGUGAUCUGCGGAGACUCAAACCUGGUGAUCCGCCAAGUACGGGGUGAGAUCGACUGCAAGGCGCCGGGUUUGACACUGUUGCGCCAGCGGGCUUUGGAUCGACUCCGCGUUCGGCCGGAUCACGAGCUAUUGCAUGUUAAGCGAGAUUGGAAUGGGAGCGCUGACAGCUUGGCCAGCGCCUCACUACAACGACAAUGUGGGAUCGAGGUCGAGACCGAAGAGAAGAUCCAGGACCUAGUGACCUUGAACCGGUUGGAUGAGAUCCUGAUGGUGAAGAUCGAAAACGAGAUCGCACAGAUAUCGGCCGUAACGACCCGAUCUAAGGCUAGAUCUGGAGUGCGUAUCGGAUCAGAUCCAGACUCAUUACGUGAGGAGGUUGUGAGAGAGCUGAGGAUCGAGCGGAUCCGACAAGCACAGGAUGAGGAGCCGGUAAAGAAGUAUUUGGUCGGAGAGAUCCGAGAUCUGACACAAGAAGAGGCUAAGGUGUUUGGAUCUAUUGCCAUAAAUUACGAAGUGGAUCAAUUGAGACAAGUUGACGCUUUGGUGGUGCCUGAGACUCUUCAACAGGACGUUUUGCAUCGCUACCACACGAGCUUGCAGGGCGGUCAUCAAGGAAUCGGUCGUACCUAUGAUCGGAUCCGUGAUCAUUUCCACUGGAGAGGGCUAUAUAAGAGUGUACAGCAAUAUGUAGGAGAAUGUGUUGAUUGCGAAACAGGCAAAGAACGACCUCGGAUCCAGCGUGAAUCACCUGGUAACCUUCAGGCAACAUUCCCGUUCCAGAUCAUUGCCAUGGAUCACAUACCUUCGUUGUCUUGA